AUGGAUUAUUCAAAGCCGAGAUUCAGAGCCGCCGCCAGAGCAAAACCGAACGCCGCCUGCAAGAAACACCCGAAACACCGGCAAUCCCCCGGCGUAUGCUCCCUUUGUCUAAACGAAAAGCUCUCCAACCUGGCCGACUGCCGGAAAUCGAGAGCCCGGAAAACUUUCCGGCCUUCAUCGUCGUCCUCGUCGGACGUUUCCUCUCUCUCCUCUUCCAACGCCUACUCCUCGUGCUCGUCACCCGCCGGAAAGUCGGGCACGGCGGCGGAUUUCCGGAAGAGCCGGUCGAUGGCGUUCGCGUGGCGGAGGAGAAGAGACGAGGAGGAGAUCGCGGGCGGGAAAAGAGGAUUUUGGUCGAGAUUUUUGUCGGUUAGGAGAAAUAAUAGUAAUCGUAACAGCAAGAAUUGUGGAGGUAAAGGGUUGGUGAUGUUGAGAUCGGAGACCUCGACGGGAAGGGUUAUUACAUCGGUUUAUUGA